CCAGACAAUUUUCCACUAUCCCCCCUAUCCAUCCAUGGGCGUGGGCGGGGCGCGCCAGGGCGCCGCCUGACCUCACUGUAUCUGUAUGGAGAGGGAGACAGCCAGACAGGACACUACCCAACGAGAAAGUUCUCUUCGCUAAACCGCGGCGUUACCCGGCGCACAACAUGUCAUCGCCGUCGCCUCCGUCGUCGGCGCACUUCGCCACUGGGCUCCGGCCAGCACCGGCCGGCGUGCGCUCCUACACCAUUGGCUCGGCCGCCUACUUUUCAGCUGUCUCCCUGCGGGGCCUCCUCUCGCACCCCAGCGCCUCUAGGGUUCCCUCUGUCUCCUUCCGGCAACGGCCGUCGCCCCUCGCUGAAAGGUCGCGCCUGCCGAGCGCUGCGCAGAGCUCCGGGGACCCUGGAGAGAUCAAUGUGGAUAAUGCUGAAGGAACUAGGGAGCCACUAGGAAGUUCCACUGGUUCAGGAAAGAAUGGGAAGGAGUCGACCAAAAGUUUCUCAUCUAAAGAGUUGCUAGAAAAACUAAAGAGAUAUGGCGCUGCCGGUGUUCUGUCAUACGGAUUACUUAACACUGUGUACUAUGUCACUGCAUUUUUAUUAGUUUGGUUUUAUUUUGCUCCUGCUCCUGGUAGAAUGGGCUAUGGAGCAGCAGUGGAGAGAUUUGUUAAACUAAUGGCAAUGGUGUGGGCUGGCAGUCAAGUUACAAAGAUUCUUCGAGCAGGAGGGGCUCUUGCACUGGCUCCUUUUGUUGACAGAGGGUUGAGAUGGUUCACAGUCAAGUUCAACUUCAAGUCAGAAGGGAGGGCCUUUGCAACAGUCGUAGGGUUCUGUUUUGCAAUUGCUGCUGCACUGUUCUUUGGAUUAACAAUACUUUGGGCAUAGCAUGCUUGCUUUGCUGACAAACAAUGAGGAAUCACGAGGAGAUGCUGUGCAGUAGAACCUGAUUCCAAUCGGUGACGCAGUGGUCACACUACUAAUAACCUUACAUUGUCAGCUAUGGCUGUUCACAUCUUGUACGAGUACACCUUGAGCAUACUGUAUGCAUAUUCAUGUAAGGUCCUAGUAGGCGUGUGUUCAGACUCGACAGUUUUGAGGAAACGGAACAAGUCAAAGCAGCAGCUUGAUAAGCUGGCGUCAGGUUUCGCAUAACUGCUGUAAUCGAUGAACUUAUGCUUGUGUUCAGUAACUGCAGUCUGCAUCGUCUUCGUAAAGAUACUAGAAACAUGCGCGAGGCAAAGCUGCGCCCUCGUUGGAGGGCACCAGUCCAUGGAUAUCAGCUUUCUAAAUCAAGGGAUCGUGAAAUGGUGCGCAAGUAAACUUAACUUUUCUUCAGGGGUAAAAGAAUAAGUGAGCUCAACCGAUCAUGGUACUUUGAUAUGAGAUAUCUUGAACAUAUUGUGCACCAAAUAUUUAGAGGCACUAUUAACCAGUUUAGGAAGGACCAGUGUCAAUUUUUAACGGUGUCAGCCAGGUAAAAGAACAUGUAAAAUAGAAUGCUCAAAUUGUAGUGUGGUUGAGACAGAUAAUGAUUUCUAAUUA